GUGUGACCACGUUUAAACCAAGUGACCCCAAAACUGUGAAUCACUUCUUUCUUACCCUACAAGCAAACAAAUGCAGUUUGGACUUUUUUUUUUCAUCCGUCGUUGGUGAGUCUAAGGUGAAGCUAGCUUGAAUUAGCCGCUGAUGCUCUGGUGCUGCUUUGUACAAGGUAAGCUACGUGUUGCUUCACUGGUAGUAACCAUGUGCACGCCGACGACUCUAUACGCACCAGCACUGUGACGCUACUUAAUACAUCGAAGUUUUGCUUAUUUACAGUGUAACAGUAAAUUACCUACUAAGUGCACUAAAGCUAAAGGUUAAUUACUUUUAAGUGCACUAAUAGGUGCUUCUUGUGGGCUCCACAAUGCAGUCCGCCCGUGCAGCAUGAAGCUGAACAACCACAAUGUUCUCGCUUGCACACAAGGCUCCUGUUCAUUCUUGAACGUUAUUUGCUGGUCAGCUCUUCAUUUAUACAUUUUAUAAACUUCACGAAUGGUUUAGAUUAUUACAUUUGUUUGCAGACGUUAUAUAUGUUUGCAAUAGCUGCACUGUAUUGUGUUGUAAAUACAAAUUGCACUUUCUUCAAAAGUUGCAUGUAAAAGUCAAAAUGCCAAAGAAAUGAAGUGCAACAAAUGUACAAUGAAAAUCAGAUUUUUUUUUUUUAAUUACACGACAUAAUAUUUUGUAUAAAGCAUAAAUCAUUUGUAAUAUACAGUUGGGGUGUAUGUAUUGUUUGUGUAAGACAGGCGUGUCUAAGGCUUUUGUCCGCAUACUGGAAAUUCAAAGGAUGUUUGGGGGGGGCACUUUUGAUAUUCUAAUAUUUUUUCUAUUUUGUAAAAAGAUUGUGGGGUAAAAAAAAACAACAAAAUGACUGUGUAUAUUUAAAGACAAUGCUUUGUGUUAUUAUUACUUAUUAGAAGCAGCAUUUCAGCUUUUUCUCUUUACAUUAUGCCUUUUUUGCUACAUUUUUUCAAUUUUUGCAGUUUUGUUGUUUAAUUUUAUAAUUUUAUACCUACAUGAAGGGCAACUGAAAUUAUACUGCAAAGUUCCGAUGCUGGUUGACUUCCAAGUUGUUUUAAUGUCAAACGUUUGAACAAAAACAACAAUUCUCCCAUAGGAAAUAAUGGCAAUUAAUAAUAAGUGAAUUAAUCCGUUCCAAGGUCAAACUGUCACCAUCAUCAACCUUUUGUUAAACUGUACAGGCAGUGUUUAACUCACAUUUUAACUGUUAUGCAGGUGUAAAGAAAAGAUAACCACAGUAUAGUCAAGCAAAAUAAAACAUGUACACCGCAUGGUGGCGUUAUUAAUCCCUAUUAAAGUUGGUCAGAUUGACUUGAAAUUUCUCAUACAGCUUAAUGAGUUCUACAAAACCCCCACUUUGACUUUAAGGGUGUUUUUGUACACGCCUUAAGCCAUGGGUGUCCAAAGUGUGGCCCACGGCUGCUUUUUUCCUUGGCCUGCGGCACAUUCUCACAAUAUAAUUUAACAAGACAACUUAAAAAAAAUGUUAAAAAAAAAAUCCAGCAGCAAAAAUAAAAAAUCAGCAGUAAUUAAAUACAAUAAAGUCAAAAUAUUAAGAGAAAAUGGAAUAAAAUAAUGUUGUAAUAAAAAAAUUACCUCAAUUUAGUAGCAUAAAGUUUAAAUUGUAGGAAAAAAAAAACAUUAAGUCAUAAUAUUUAAAAAAAAAAUUAAGUUGUGGAAAAAGUUAUAACAAUACGAGAAUAAAGUCAAAAUAUAAUGCAAAUAUUCAUAAUUACAAGUAGAAAAUUUACAAGAAGAGAGUUGAAAUUGUUGGAAAUGUAAAAAAAAAAAAACAUGCUGUAAUUUUCUAAGAAUAAAGUCAAAAUAUUAAGAGAAAAAAGUCAUAUUUUAAGGAGAAAAAAAAUACAAAUUUUAUGAGAAUAAACUCAAUAUUAUGACGAAAAAUAAUGUCAUUUUUAGUGGCAGAGUUAAAAUAUUAAAGAAAAAACAAAGUUGUAAUUUUUGGAAAAUUAGGCUGGGGAAAAAGUUAUACGGGAAUAAAGUCAAAAUAUUAUGGGAAUAAAGACAUACUAUUAUGAGAAGGACAUUUACGAAGAUUAAGAAGGAAGUUGAAAUAUUUGGAAAUUAAAAGAAAAACAGCAUGGGGGGUGGGGGAAUUUAAUUUGAAUUGAAAGGCUUUUUCACCUCUAUCACAAAGCUGAGACGCUGUUUUUUUUUUUUCUUGAAAUAUAUAUAACUUAUAACUAUAACUAACUAUAACAGAUCUACAAAAUAUCAAAGUGGCCCUUGCAUCCUUUCAGUGUUCAGUGGCCCUCGGUGGAAAAAGUUUGGACACACCUGCCUUAACGGGACUGACAAGCACAUGUGUGUAAAAUUGAUCAGGAUUGGUUGAAAAACAUGGCCACCAUCAAGCAAAACAUCUUUGCAGGGGCGCGGGUGGGACUAAUUGUUCAUAAGUCAUUGACCGUUCGUCUGUCGCAGCCGUCUGAUUGGAUGCUUUAUAAGUGUAUGAAGGAUAAAACAAAGUGAUGAGGAAAACAUUUGUAAUAUUAUGGAUGCAACUGUGCAGGACUCCGGAGGGAUGUGAAAAGAGGUGUGUCUGGAGUGAAAGCACCAAGUGGUUACGCAGCAGACAUGCUAUAAGCAACAAAUCCAAAGUGAUCACUAACGGAUCACAUGACAUAAAGAAUUAACGUAUCCUUGUGCACCACACGAAAAUCACAGUUCAGUUUAGUCCAAACUGCUCCACAAUUCUUGUAGCUUUUGAAUUAAGUUUGGAUUCUGUGAAACUUUUAUAACCGUUCCAAACAUAACUCAAUUAUUUCCAGGGAGUCUAACUUUAGCUCCUGUGAAAGUGGGUCACCAGUGGUCUGACUGUAGGAAUAGGCGAUAUCCUGGAUGUGUGGAUGUACAGCUAUGGAUAUCUUAUGCAAGUUUGUGUGUGUGUGUGUGUGUGUGUGUGUGUGUGUGUGUGUGUGUGUGUGUGUGUGUGUAAGCUUUCUGAGAUCAAAGCCGCUCACCACAUGUCUGGGAUAAUUGUUUAUACACAAAUAUAACCCAAAGUUUUAAAAGCAGGGUUAACAACAGGUGUGUUGGUACCUGUAGUAAAUAGAUGUAAAAUGGAUAAGGUAGGAGGAAUGGCAGAAGUAAACUAAAGCUAGAAAUAGGUCCAAAUUUACGCCACAAUUUUGCCUGGGUUAGCGUACAAUAUGGUACGCGUCUUGUCGUCUUGUGUUAUUAAUACAGCGCGUGAGUCAAACUGUAUUCUUAAUGUUUUGUUUUUUUUUUAAUCAGAAAACGUCUUUCCUUGUUAGCAUCCUAAUAGCUCUCACAAAUAUUCACACAAAACAUGUUUUUAUAGUUUUACAAUUAUCGUUUUACAUGGAUAAAACAAUUCUAAAUGUAUAUACAAUGAACUAAAAUAGCUAAAUGAACAUUCCAGGUUACUUUUACCUUUAUUGAAGACAUGAUGCUUGAUGUGAUUGUUGCCAAAGACACAAUGUGGCAGCAAGACACCACACGAACACCACCUCCGUGUUUUGCCAUGAGUUACAGUAUUUCUUAAAGUGUUUCUCACCUCAGUAACCCAAAAUGGAGCCAAGGAAAGUUACAAGUGCCAGCAUUUUGAUCUUUUAUCAAAAUGUAUGUAGUUUUUAGUAUAGAGCCGGGGUGUCCAAAGUGCGGCCCGGGGGACAUUUGCGGCCCAGAGCUUAUUUUUUAUUGGCCCACGGCACAUUGUAGAAAGAAAGUCCAACCAAAAAACCCAGCAAAUAUGUGACAAAUAGAGCAAAAGGGCAAAAUGUAAAGAAAGGAAGUUGAAAUGGUAAUAAUAAUUAAUAACAAAAAAGCUUUGUCUUUAAAUAGAAAUAUAAAUAUUUAUUUCUUUACUUAAACUUUUUUUUACAAAACAAAAAUAUAAAAGUGCCCCCCCCCCACAGCCGUUGAUUUUUAGCAUGCGGCCCUCGGUGGAAAAAGUAUCCCUGGUAGAGAGUGCUCUAAUAAUGUUAAAAACUGUAUAUAGAAGGUCGCAAACAGGUUUUCUAUGCUCCUAACUAUAAAAAUAUUCCUUUUCAUAAACAACAAAUCCUACUUUGCGGAAAUUCACUUAUCACGGUUGGGUCUGGAACCAUUUAACAGCGUUAAACGAAGGAUCGUCUGAGACUGCGCAACAAAUAUAAGAAGUCAGAUGAGAUAUAUUUGUGCCUACAAAGAGAACUAAGGUCAAAGUAUGGACAUAUUUUGAUCAAAUUUGAUAAUUAUCAUGAUAAUAUUAAUACCUGUAGUGCAAAUGAAGUGUUUUCUUGUUUUUACUUUUUAGAUUUACUGUUUAGGUCAUUUUUUGCAGGAAAAAUGUAGUCCAAAUCCAAACAAGUCAGAGUUUGACCAGGAUCUUGGAACACAUUAUGUCACGGUGGCUAUUAUAGUGAUCAGAGGGCAGUGAGCCCAGCUUCAGUACAUCUAUUUUAAGCAGGCGAUAACUGAGGCGCAACUUAUUCUCAAUUGUCCCUUUCAUCUGCUUUAUGAGGAGUUUGACCUCUUUCCGACUGCAUGCCACUUUAGAUGCCAAAACAAGGACAUAGCCCGCACGUGUCCACUGUAUCCCUGUUGUUAUUGACAGAUAGGAGAAGCCUUGUUUUGCUCAAACACAUACCAGCGCUUUUUUAGCUCAAAAUUUUGUGAAGUACUGUACUUAACAAACCAAAAUAAGUACAAAAUUAACAGUUAUUAUCAAGGGCUCUAUGAAAUCCGUUUUAUUUUUCCCAAAUUUUGUGUUUUCUUUUUUUUUCCAUUUUCAUUUUUAUAAUUCAAUUUUUUUUUUACCUUUUACACUUAUUUUACCAGCAUAGAGUGUGUACUUUUAUGACGGUAUGUUUCUGAGUCGCACACACACAGCAGCACUAGCAUGCAAAACUCAGCUAACCCAGCUGGCUUCCUUUCACGCACCGUAAGAGAUGAGUUUUGACAUUUUUACGCCAACUUUUGCCGGUGUUUCAGGUCACCGUUUCGACAUGUUUAGUUCGGGAGGGGGCGGGUUAGUGUUUCUGAUGAGAUUCCACCACGAUUGAGCGGUCGGCACACAAACAUUCCUUCUCACAUGAUGACAGCAUUUCAUUCACAAUAUGUCAAUUUCCGCGAGAUCCCGCAUUUAACAGUAGAUUCCGUUUUUAUUGGACAAUUCCGUUCGUGGGGCCCUAAUUAUCACAGUAUUAUUAUUAUUAUUAGCACAGUAUUAUCACGGUCUUGCUCAAAUUCACUGAAUGUAUGUCAGUCGUCCUCUGUAGGCGCAAAAAAAUAUCAAUUGAUAGAAGGUAAAAUUGAUCACACAGCAACUUAACACUCAAGGUAGCUAAGACAUAGACAAGACAAGUACCAAUACGAGUUUACAAUAAAAACGAUUGUAACUUCUUCCCAUAAUGCAUUUCUUCCCAGCAGAGCAGUUCAUCGGCUCCCUUCAUGAGCUCCCUCUGGAGCUGAGCUCGUGAGCUCCCUCUGGUGGACACAGGAAGCUGAAUAAAUCAUUGGAGCGCCUCGGCAGCCAUGGCCAAUGAACUGCUCUGCUGGGAAGAAAUGCAUUGUGGGAAAAAGUUAAAAUAGUUAUUGUUGUCACGAGAUUCGAACAUGGUCAUAAAUUGCGGCAUAAGCCACAGGGUUCAAAGUUUAAAAAAAAAACAAAAAACUAGCGGUUUAUACACUGGAAAUUACGGUACUUUCAGAAACAUAAAUAUACCUGUGAAACAAUACAAAGUAUAUGUCAACACAUACUAUAAAUGUACUGUAAUUAUAGUAUUAUUUGACACAUAUGAAUUGCUACCUAAAGGGGUAUAUUUGUAUUUGUUUAAAGUAACCGUCUCUGCUGACCUUCCCAGUCAUUGUUCUGUUUUUAGCUUCAUCAAUCCAGUUAUUUGGGCUGAAAAGGACUUCCGAAUUAAUGCCAAGUCGUGUCUUCUCCUUGCUCAGCUUUCAUUGGCUGUCAAAGAACACACCCUUGUUUCUCACCCGACACUCCCCCCAACUGAAGGGCACCACAACUUACCUCCUCGAACUCAUCAAUGACAAAACAAACUCAUUUGACAGCAUUAACUAGUUCGACCUUCCAAGACUCCCUAUAGGUUGAAAGGUGUGUGCGGCUUCUCCCCUGUGACUCUGCCCUGCAGUCGGACCAAUGGGGCUGGAAAAGCUUCUGAGUUUUGGGAAGCGGUUGCUGAGGGUCAAAGUGGUGGACUGUAAUGCGGAGGAUUCCCGUCUGUCGCGAUGCCUCAACACUUUAGACCUGGUGGCCCUGGGAGUGGGCAGCACGCUGGGGGCUGGCGUCUAUGUGCUCGCGGGUGCUGUUGCACGGGAAGAUUCAGGUCCUGCCAUUGUGCUGUCUUUCCUGAUAGCGGCUCUAGCGUCAGUGUUAGCUGGCUUGUGCUAUGCUGAAUUUGGAGCUCGUGUUCCCAAGACAGGCUCAGCUUAUCUGUACUCUUAUGUGACUGUUGGAGAACUCUGGGCCUUCAUCACCGGAUGGAACCUCAUCCUCGCUUAUAUCAUCGGUACCUCAAGUGUGGCUCGAGCAUGGAGCGCCACCUUCGAUGAGUUGAUAGGGAAGCGAAUAGAGCACUUCUGCAGAGACUACAUGUCCAUGAACGCACCGGGAGUACUGGCAGAAUACCCCGACAUGUUUGCGGUUGUCAUUAUCAUCAUCCUCACAGGUCUGCUGGCAUUUGGGGUGAAAGAGUCAGCGAUGGUCAACAAAGUUUUUACAGGCAUCAACAUCCUUGUCUUAUUGUUCAUGGUGAUCUCUGGCUUGGUCAGGGGCACUCUGAAGAACUGGUAUUUGGACCCUGAUGAAAUCCUACAUGUCGCCAAUAUGAGCAACUCCAGCCUCAAUCUGACAGACAUCCUACCAACCAGAGAGGAGCUGGGCGUUGGCGGCUUUAUGCCAUUUGGGUUUGCAGGCGUCCUGUCUGGAGCUGCUACCUGUUUCUAUGCCUUUGUGGGAUUUGACUGCAUAGCAACCACAGGUGAAGAGGUGAAAAACCCCCAGAGAGCCAUACCUAUCGGCAUCGUGUCCUCGCUGCUCAUUUGUUUUGUAGCCUACUUUUGCGUUUCUGCAGCCCUCACCCUCAUGAUGCCAUACUACCUGCUGGACAGCAAAAGCCCCCUUCCCGUUGCUUUUAAGUACGUGGGAUGGGAAGGAGCCAAAUAUGCUGUGGCUGUCGGCUCCCUUUGCGCACUGUCCACAAGUCUGUUGGGGUCCAUGUUCCCCCUGCCUCGCAUCAUCUUUGCCAUGGCUCGGGAUGGCCUGCUCUUCUCCUUCCUGGCCCGCGUCAGUGAGAGGAAAGCCCCCAUAACAUCCACAAUGACUGCCGGGGUUCUAUCUGCUAUCAUGGCAUUUCUGUUUGACCUGAAGGACCUGGUGGACCUGAUGUCCAUAGGGACGCUGCUGGCCUAUACAUUAGUGGCUGCCUGUGUCCUGGUUCUAAGGUAUCAGCCUGAGCAGCCCAGUGCGGUGUAUGAGAUGGCCAAUAUCCAGGAGGAGGUGGAGCUAAACGAUGGCAGUAUGGGCAUCCUACCAGGUGUGGAGGAGAGGUUCAGCUUAAAGACAUUGCUCUUCACAGACAGCCUUGAGCCGACCUCCCUCUCGGGCUUCACAGUCAACAUCUGUGCCUCUAUUAUGGGCCUUCUAAUAUUGGUGUUCAGUGCACUGGCAGUCCAGGGAGGCUCCACACUGUGGACCAUUGCAGUCCUCAGUGUCAUCUUUAUUGCGUGCCUCCUUCUCACUUUUAUCAUCUGGAGACAGCCAGAGAGCAAGACAAAGCUCUCGUUCAAGGUUCCACUGCUGCCCUUCAUUCCAGUGAUCAGCAUGUUUAUCAACGUCUACCUGAUGAUGCAGCUGGACCGAGGCACUUGGAUACGCUUUGCCAUCUGGAUGGUUUUAGGUUUUGCGAUCUACUUCUGCUACGGCAUCCAUCACAGUGCCGAGGCGACAACAGCGCGCUCAACUCCUGACAUGGAGAUGGACGGCUUCAAGCGUGGUCACAGUUCAGAGUCCAUGACACCGGAAAAGGAGGCCUUCCUUCACAAUGGUAUCGAGGUCAGGGACGACGACGACGACAGAGACUUGUAGGCAUGGGACAAACCUGCCCUUGCGCCGGUCUGUCUGUGUCAUUUGGACUGUGUAUCUCCAUAACAACUAACAGUUACAAGUGGACGUUAAGUGGUCACACUCCAACACAGGACUUUUGAAGCUACACACCACUGUGUUGAGUGACUUGCCUGAGGGUUCAGCUGUCUUGCUAUGUUUUUCGCUGCUGACAGGAAACUGGCUGACCAUAUUUGCGUCGACAUCAGAUGAUGUCUUUUUUUAAACCUUUCCAUGAAACACAACUUUGUAUUGAUGUAUUUCUAAACAUGCAGUAACUCACCCAGCCGCUGAUGAAUAUAGCGGCAACAGCAUUACAUUCUCUGAUUGCCAGCUCUUACGUAAGUGAUGUUGAAAUGUUGUGACUCCUGGCAGGACACUCCAAAACAAAUAUCUCAUCUAUGAUGUUAUUACGGUCCUUCUCUUGGCAGAACAAAUGGGGUCAAAUGGCUGCACCUGUUAGGACAGCAGUGACUAUAGACCCCUUUCGUUUGUCCACCUUUGUCCAGUGUCGAUGUUCUGUGUGAACUGUAUGGAAUGGGGGCAUAAAGUCUGCAAAUGUACCUAAUUAUCUGAUUACGGGAUGGCACGUUGCUGUGUGGAAGCUCACAAUAUCCCACUUUGUUGGGUUCUAAGUGGAAGGAACAGCAGGAAAAACGCCACCUCUACCGUUGAGGCAAUUUUGCGGGAUCUAUGUGUAAAAGAGGCAUAUUGUGUAACCAUGAUGACUUUUUGGGAUAUUAUUGGUAAAUAUAUGACGAGUGUUGAGCAUUGCGUGAACAUUCUCACAGUGCUGGCUGCUGUGUCUUUUAGCAUCCAUAGCUUAUAAAAAAAAAUGUCAGUUGUGUUUUUGUUUUUCUCACCCACUUUAAUUAUAUAUUUCCUGGUUUUAAGGCUCCUCAGAUUUUAAGGGAAUUUGAUACAAAUGUAAUGUCGCCACCUGUGAUGUUUGUAUGAGUUCAAGUGCCUUCUAUAUUUACAUUAGCCAGAACUAUUUAUAAGUUCAGGUCUUAUUUUUAAGACUAGGUAUUUACUGUGUGGGAUUUAUGGGCAGUCACAGUACAACAAAAGUCGUGUGACCAUAUACAGAAUCCAUUAAAAAUAUGUACAUAAAAUUUUGUUUAUAUUCCGUCAAGUAAAUUAUUUGUAAACGUGGGGAAAGGUGUCUUUUUGUUUGGAAUGUUUUGUGAAUAAUUUGUCUGUGGGUGAUUGUGGUUACAAUACAGUCGUCCCUCGCAAUAUCGCAGUUCAAUUAUUGCUCCCUCCCUAUAUCGUGGUUUUUCAGAAAUGAAUUAAUAAAUGAUCACUGUUUCGUGGUAGACUAUGGUCUGUUGUUGGUCAAACAUAUGGAAAUGCAAAUCAUAAGUAGUAUUCUGGUUACUGGGCGGCAGCAAUGACACAAAUCAUUGAGAUGUUACAUUACCUUAACACUGCAUGAAGUCAUGAAGUCAGCCGUAGCAUGUCCGACCUGAUAGUGUGGGCAAAAAAAGAUCUUCUCCCGUGGAAGUGGUGAGUUUUUGUCUUAAGUUUAGAGGAAAUAAAUACAAGGCUAACUGGUUAGCUCAGUAGCUUGCUAGCUAGCGGCCGUCUCGAGGACCUGCAGUAUAAGAGUUGCAACGUGGUGCAAACAAUGAAUAGUGGGAGUGUAAAGGUGAUUAGAGGGGUGUCAUUUCACGUCUACAUAAACGUUGCUCUAACUACGAAAAUAUUCAAUUUUAUAACAUUGAUUCAUACAUCACGGAAAUUCAUUUAACGCGAUCACGUCUGGAACCAAUUAAGCGCGACAAACGGCGGAGGACUGUAUUGUGUUGCACAGUUGCCUGUGUUCAAUAUACAGUGUAUACUAUAUGUGUAUAUAUACAGGAUUGUUCAACAUCACUGACUUCCCUUAUCAUAUACUCCUAUGAACGGUGGCAGUUGUUUUGGGACAUAAGAUCAACAUGUACCAUUGUACAGUAAUAAAUUCCAUCAACUGUGCAUGUA